AUGUACUCGUCGUAUCAACUGGUGUUGGCCGUCGGAAUGGUCAUCACGGGAUCCAUUAACACACUCAGCGUCAAAUGGGCUGAUAAUCUUAAAGCUAAAGGUUCAGACGGUGUGGAGCGUACUUUUGACCAUCCAUUUUUUCAAUCAUUAACUAUGUUUUUUGGAGAAUUUUUGUGCUUGUUGUUCUUCAAAUUGGCAUAUAGAUAUCACGUAAAAAGACAAUAUCCGAUUGAAGAUAGUCCUAUAGUUAAAGGCAACCAACAGUUCAAUCCAUUUUUGUUCUUUGUCCCGGCAAUGUUUGAUUUGGUAGCUACUACACUCAUGUACAUUGGUCUCACAAUGACUUUUGCAUCUAGUUUUCAAAUGCUAAGAGGUGCUGUAAUAAUCUUUACUGCUAUAUUUUCAAAAAUAUUUGUGCAUCGACAAGUAUCUGUUCGCCAUUGGUUGGGCAUAUUUACAAUAAUUAUUGGAUUGGCCACAGUUGGUAUAUCAGAUUUGUUGUCAGCUGGUUCAAACUCAAAAUCUACUAAUGACAUCAUUCUUGGUGACUCAUUGAUCUUAUUUGCUCAGAUAAUAACAGCUGCUCAAAUGGUUUACGAAGAGAAAUAUGUUGUUUCAAAUGAUAUUCCACCAUUACAAGCUGUUGGUUGGGAAGGUCUAUUUGGAUUCCUGAUGAUGGGUUCGCUUUUAGUACCAUUUUAUUAUAUCAAUGUUGGUCCUCCACUUGCCACUAAUAACUCUCGUGGAGUCAUUGAAGAUUUUCCAGAAGCUAUUACUCAAAUAAUGAACAACAAAUGGAUUCUGGUUGCAUUAAUUGGAAACAUAAUAAGCAUUGCUUAUUUCAACUUUUCUGGUAUAAGUGUUGCCAAGGAAAUAUCUGCAACUACUAGGAUGGUAUUGGAUUCCGUUCGAACAUUCUUCAUUUGGACUUUUUCAUUGGCAGUUGGCUGGCAAACAUUCAAUCCACUUCAGCCUGUUGGUUUCCUGCUGUUGCUUAUCGGCAUGUGUAUUUACAAUAACUUAUUGAAAGCUGUGCCCAGAAGAUUGAGAACUGUCGUACACUAUCCUACAGAUGAACCUAUUAUUGGAGGAGAACCUUAA